UGCCUCAUUGCUACGAAAUGGGCGCCGAGAGCUUCUCAGACAAGAUCCCGCUUUGUUAGGGUGGUAACAGCGUGCACGGGUUUGGAAAGGGCGCUGGGAGAGGCGCAUCAGCUCUGAGCCAUGCUAGUGAGCUGCUAGCGCGUCGGUGAAGAGGCCAGGCUUUGCGUGACCGCGAGUCGAGUCUGCGCUGGAUGAGUGCGCGUAACGGGCGGGAAACUACAUUUCCCAGCAUCCUCGGGGUGCUGGGACUGCGGGGCUCGAAAGCCUGAGCGUAGUUCUUUCAGACUUCGGCCUCCUCCCGCCCCCAGAAACCGGAGCCAUGUGGAGUAGGUGGGGCUGGCGGCUCCUGUGUUCUGGAGGCGGCGGGGGCCACCGCGUGUCAAGUCCCUGCGGCUGUUUCUCGCCCACCCUGCGGAGAGACUUCUUCACCACCACAACCAAGGGAGAAUACAAUAUGAGGCAAGUGGACAUAACUCCUUUAGAACAAAGGAAAUUAACUUUUGAUACCCAUGCACUGGUUCAGGACUUGGAAACUCAUGGUGAGAAACGAUUUGACAAAACACAAGCAGAAACAAUUGUAUCAGUCUUAACCACCGUAUCAAACAUGAGCCUGGAUACUAUCUAUAAGGAAAUGGUCACGCAAGCUCAACAGGAAAUAACAGUACAACAGCUAAUGGCUCAUUUGGACUCCAUCAGGAAAGACAUGGUCAUCCUAGAAAAAAGUGAAUUUGCAAAUCUGAGAGCAGAGAACCAGAAAAUGAAAAUUGAAUUAGAACAAGUUAAGCAACAACUGAUAAAUGAAACUAGUAGAAUCAGAGCAGAUAAUAAACUGGACAUCAACUUAGAAAGGAGCAGAGUAUCAGAUAUGAUCAAGAAAAGAAACUUAUGGAAGCAACUACAGAAUUUACCAAAAAAGAUACCAAAACCGAAAGUAUUAUUUCAGAAACCAGUAAUAAAAUUGACACUGAAAUUGCUUCUUUAAAAACCCUGAUGGAGUCUAACAAGCUUGAGACAAUUCGUUAUCUUGCAGCCUCGGUGUUUACUUGCCUGGCAAUAGCAUUGGGAUUUUACAGAAUCUGGAAAUAGGAGUGAAACUGCUAUAUUAAGCUUCUACCGCUGCUACUAUUGAUUCCUUAGACCACUACACCAAGACUUUAGUACAUGUACUUUGAACAUUGAAAGUUGCAGCAGGAACUUAAUUCAACAAGAUCAUUCAAAGUACAUAUGGACUAAAAGAAACGUUUUAGAAUGGGAAGAUGUUAUUUUGUCUUUGUUUUUUAUGUGUCCUUAUUUUAUUAUGUUGAAAAGCUGCCUGAUUAUCAGAUUUGAGAUGGAAUGUCCUUUUGUCUUUAUCCUUUUGAUAGUUCAUAGAAAACUGACCAAAGUUUUCUUGUAUUUGCUUGAACAACUGUAAGCCAUAUAGACUGUCUUUAGUAUUUACAUCAAAUUUGAAAAACAUUCCCCAAACCUACAUACUGAUGCUGUAUUCAGCUUUCCUCAUAACUAUUGCACAAUUACCUUUUCAUACCAAAUAAUAAAGUUGUUUGGAUUUUAAAAGCAA